AUGAGGACUCACCUGCUUUGGUUGUUGCCCCUGAUUCUGCUGGGAUCCUCAGCCCAGGCGUUGCAGUGUCAUGAAUGCAGUGGUAGAGAGAACUGCUACAGGCCCACGCCUUGCUCCAACAUGAGCCGCUACUGCUUGACCAACUGGUAUACACCGCCAGGCCAGGAAAUGAAGGUGACAAAAGCAUGUGCAUAUACCUGCCCUGACAUUCAUCAGACCACAGUCAACUCCAAGUCCUCGUGCUGCAACACGGACCUCUGCAACAGUGCCGGGAGCCUCCAUGUCAGCUGGGGACUGCUAGCCCUCAGCCUCUGGUAUAUCUAUCUCAGCCAGUAG